AUCGUCGUCGAACUUUCCAAGAAUCCAACAACCGAAACCGAGCAGUUUGUCUUUUCCGAUGAAUCCCUGGAGCUCCGGCCUACCACUGAUGACAUCUUUCGGAAGUGUCCUCAGUAAGUCCGGAUCAUCAUGAAAGUGGCAUCCUUUAGGCUGAUGCUGGGGACUUUCUAAGAUUCCGAAUUCUGGUGAUAGGAAAGGUACCAGGCUUUCGCUGAUCUCAGGCCAGUAUUGACACGGUAUUCCAAUAGACCGGUGUUGGCAAGUCUUCACUGAUCAACCACGCAUUUGGAGUGCAAAACGCGACCACUUCGCACAAUAUGCCAGGCGAGGUCAGCAUCGACCAUGAAUUCAUCUCGCCACAGAACAACAAGUUUGUUCUCCACGAUAGCAAAGGUUUUGAACCAGGGGAAAAAGACAACCUCAAAAUAGUCCGAGAUUUCAUUAACUAUCGGAGAGCAAAGCCCGAUUUGAAAGAUCAGCUGCACGCCGUUUGGCUCUGCUUUGAAAUACCCCGCGCAAACGGGCGUUUACUAGAGACCGGCGUGGAGCAAUUUCUCACAUCGAAGCGAGAAGGAGAGCUAGGAGACAUUCCCAUUGUUGCUGUCUUCACUAAAUACGACACCCUCCUCGACCGCGUGGAGCGAACCCUGGACAAGUCCUCUAUCAAGGGUCUGAGCCAGGCGGCGAUCCAGGACAUCAUCAAGAAAAACGCAGAAGACAAGCUACAGGAAGUCUGUGUCGCACCCCUAGAGAAGUUCGCAAAAUCGGCUGUCCCGCAUGUUACGGUCUCCACAAACGGAAACCAUGAGGGGACGCUAGCCCGACUGAUCCAAACCACCGAAGAACUCGUUCGUAACCAUGUUGGGACCGACGCGUCGGUGAUGACAUCCGUCGCUCAACGAGUGGAUCCUAGACUCAAAAUAAGAGCAUCGAUAGAAGUUGGCAAGAGAAAAUACUGGAAGGCGCUCGCAUCAAGCGUACCAUUCAAGAACCGUUCGAUGUGGGACUGUCUGCACGUGCUUCACACUGACAUCGUCAAUGUUUGGAACUUCCAAGACCCUCAUGGUUACUUGUGCAGCCCAGAGUUCAGGACAUUGAUGACGAACAUGGUCAAUGAGCUGGACGUUGGACCCCCUACUGAUCCCAACAAGACCCUUUCAUUUGGGCUCACUAUUGUGGGUACUAUUGCGACCAUCGUGUCUGCCCUGUCCGGACCUGCAGCCCCUAUCGUAGUGCCGAUAGCGGCAAGCGUUGUGAUCGCAAGCUGGGUUUACGAGUUGUAUGAGCAGACUCGCCCUGCCCUCCAGCGCUUUAUGAAAUACAUCAUCGACUUGACUCUUGUGUUGCAGACACUGGUUCUUGUGGCGGGAAAUCAAGAACUGUCUCGUAAGGCCAUCAAACUUGCGGCCAAGUCCUACCACGAGUCACCAAUGAAUGGAGAAGUCCAUAAUCGGAUUCAGGAGUAUGACAGGCAAUUGACCUUGCGGCAACGUGCGAACCGUGAUUCGUUGGAUCAAAUCAUCGAGCUACUACAACCAUACAACACUAGCGCAGAAGAAAUGUCGGAUCUUCGGGGAAAAUUGCCCGUUGUGGAUUUAUCAUCGGAUGAACCAUGGGACAGUUAGCACUCGAUUCUUUCUUUUGUGUAUAAUAUUGCGCGUUUGCUGGCGUCUGACUUCUGGAGUACCUACGGGAUUGUAUUACACGGGUCCUCACUCGUACUAUGUAAUUGGAAUUAUGGCUGGUC